GAUUGGACACGAUCUUCAUUCCUGUCGAUACAAUACAAAGGCAUCAUCUAUGCCAAAACUUCAACAAUCAAAGCCGCAAUCAAAGGAGAAGGAAGCCGCUGUGCAAGAAUUGAAUAAAUCAGCUCUGAAAACCGGAGAAAAACCUUUGGGAACUCAAGUUGUGAAGGAAAAUCCAUCAACCUUAUCUAAUGUUGCGCCGAUUGUGGCUGUCGCAAACUCACCCGUCUUAUGUUGCGCAUGUUAUUGCACUGGAAGUUGCAUCGGGCAUUGCUGAAGAUGAUCAAUCGAUGGAAGGCCGAGCCAUUGUGGUUGCUGAGUUCAAUCUCAAUGUCUCUUCUUCUCCAGCGAUGGUUGCUGCCAGCAAGGGUGGGGAAUCGCAGAUGGUAACUUCGCUUGCGGAGCAUCAUUCCCCCCAGCCGCAUCCCCUUGCGAGCCAAACCCUCGCUGAGACCCAAAUUGACGAUGCCGGCAAUAAUCUGCGGUCAUCCCCAGCCACAGCUGCUACAGUGAAGCAAAAGACGAUCGUUUCCACCAGCAGCGGAGAUUCAGAGUCGUCACCGGAAGCGCAUCAACGUUCUCCUGAAAAGCAAGCAUCGCAGGAGGUUGCCGCCACUGGAAUCCAUAUUUGCUGAUCUUUCAUCGCCGGAAGGUGCAUCAAUGACAGAGGAAGUCUGGCGUACCUCCCUGGUUUCGCUGCCUCAAAAUCCCACAAUUUCAGAUGGGACAGCAGUUGUCGCAGUCCUAUUACUUCAGCGUCAUCAGCGCAGCAGACUCC